AUGUCACAAACGCCUAGAAGCACAAACCGACCCAUUGAGGAAGUUGAGACAGCGAGACUGCGACCGACAACCACCGAAGAGUUUCCAUGGCUAGCGCCCGAGUUCGAACCCAUCCGUACUAGAGGUGUCAACACUUCGACCCCACCUCAAUGGUUUAAUGAAGGUCAAGCAUUCAACAGACGGGCAUCCCAACGGUCGAGGCGAUCGCAGAGGAGUGGACCCAGGGAGGAGAUUGUCGACUUGCAUCUAAUUGUCUCGGAUCUCGAUUACUAUGCUGGAGCCGUCCACGAUUAUCAGGCCGCGGAAGAGGCGCUCAGUGAUGAGGAAUGGGAUGAAGAAGAGAUGCAAGGCGCAUCCCCCAAGCAUGAUGGAGAGGCAUUUGGUCAGAUCAAAGUCGUGCGAGCUGUAUCGAAGAGUUCUGGAACGAAACUCGGCCGUGGUGGCACUCUAAGACGCGGCGCUUCCAAGAAGUCUUUCAAGGGCGAGAAGGACGCGAACCUUGUCGAUUGGGAUGGACCCCACGAUCCAACCAAUCCCAAGAAUUGGACCAAGAGGCGAAAGUGGAUGGCCACCAUCACAGUCUCUCUUUUCACCUUUAUUGCACCGGUCUCCAGUACAAUGGUCGCUCCAGCGUUGCAAAGUGUUGCGGAGGAUCUCGGCACUACCGAUAGUGGACUCUUAACCGAACUGGCAAUGUCUGUGUUCAUUCUCGGAUUUGCCAUCGGGCCUCUCUUACUUGGUCCUUUGUCAGAGCUAUUCGGCAGGAGAAUUGUCCUUCAACUUAGCAAUGUCUUCUUCUUCAUAUUCAACCUAGCUGCCGGCUUUGCAACUACUAGCCCACAGAUGAUCGCCUUUCGUUUCCUCUCCGGUCUUGGUGGAAGCGCACCACUCGGUAUUGGCGGAGGCGUGCUCGCUGAUAUAUGGUCCCCAAUGGAACGCGGCAGAGCAAUGGCCCUCUACUCAUUGAUGCCUCUCCUUGGACCCGCAAUCGGUCCAAUCGCUGGCGGUUUCAUUGCUCAAUACUCCACCUGGCGCUGGGUCUUCUACUCAACCUCGAUUGCCGCCGCUUUUAUCCAAGUCCUGGGCCUCUUCUUCCUCAAAGAGACCUACGCCGCCGAAAUCCUCAAGCGGAAAAAGAACAACGAAAUCAAGGCGACAGGUAAUAAGGACCUCUACACAGAAUUCGACACACCGAAUCGCAGCUUCUCCUCCCACGUCGGCACAGCUUUGUCCAGACCUUUUAUCCUCCUCUUCACACAACCCAUCGUCCAAGUCCUCGCCCUCUACAUCGGCUACGUCUACGGCGUCCUAUACCUAGUCCUCUCAAGCUUCCCUAUGCUCUGGCAUAACGUCUACCACCAGUCUCCUGGCCUCGCAGGAUUGAAUUACAUUUCCCUCGGACUGGGGUUCUUCAUCGGAACACAAAUUGCCGCCAUCUUCGCAGAUAGAAUCUACAAAUCCCUCCGCGCGAAAAACGGAAACGAAUCAAGAUCGGAGUUUCGCGUUCCUUUGAUGUUUCCGGGAGCAGUCAUGGUGCCCAUUGGCCUCCUGAUCUACGGCUGGUCUGCACAAAACAAAACUCACUGGAUAGUUCCCAACAUCGGAACCAUGAUUUUCGCCGCAGGAAACCAGCUCGUUUUCCAAAAUUGUCAGACAUAUCUGGUAGACGCUUAUACGCGGUAUGCAGCGAGCGCGAUUGCUGCGACAGCGGUGUUUAGAAGUUUGGGAGGGUUCGCGUUUCCGUUGUUCGCGCCUUAUAUGUAUAGAGCGUUGGGGUAUGGAUGGGGGAAUUCGGUGUUGGCGUUUGUGGGCAUUGCCGUGGGAGUGCCGGCGCCGUUUAUUCUUUGGUGGUAUGGGGAGGGAUUGAGGAAGAGGAGUACUUUUGCUGCUGGGUAG